GCGCCUGGGAGGCCCGGGUGGGAGGGAUCGACCGAGUUCGCAGUCCCGCACUUUGGGGCCCCGCCGCUUCCGCCAGUCCCUGGGGCGUCCCAGGAAAGCUCGGACGCAUUGCCUUGGGCUCUGAGCUGCUGAUCCUCUGGGCACCGCAGCCCACACCCCUGGCAGAUGAGACCAUGACCCACGUGUUGGCAGGAGGCCAGACACGAAGACCCAGAGAGGUUUGGCUACCAUCGAACAGCACACAGCCAACCAGGGCUGAGAUGGCAGUUCACCCUGACCCUGCUGAUCUCUGCCUUUUGGGAACGCAGUGCUCCCUCAGACCCCGCCUCUUCCCGCCCCUUCUGUUCUUGCUGUGGACUCUUCUGAGCUGUGAUUUGAGGGGUGCUGCUCAGGGUCCGGGAGAGUGGACGCCUUGGGGGUCUUGGAGCAGGUGUUCCAGCUCGUGUGGUCUGGGCGUCUCAGUGCGCAGACGCUACUGUGUCCGACUUCCUGGGGAGGAACUUUGCUGGGGGGACAGCCAUGAAUACCGGGAGUGCCAGCUACCGGACUGCCCCCCAGGGGCCACACCAUUCCGAGACCUGCAGUGUUCUCUCUACAACGGCCACCCUGUCUUGGGCACCCAGAAAACCUACCAAUGGGUGCCCUUCCACGGGGCGCCCAAUGUGUGUGACCUCAACUGCCUGGCUGAAGGCCACGCCUUCUACCACAGCUUUGGCCGCGUACUGGAUGGCACCCCCUGCACCACGGGGACCCAGGGUCUCUGCGUGGCAGGCCGCUGUCUGAGCGCAGGCUGUGACGGGAUACUGGGCUCCGGCACCCUCGAGGACCGCUGCGGCCUCUGUGGUGGCGCUAACGACUCUUGCCUGUUCGUGCAGCGCGUGUUCCGCGACGCCGGUGCCUUCGCCGGCUACUGGAACGUGACUUUGAUCCCCGAGGGCGCCAGGCACAUCCGCGUAGCACAGCGCAGCCACAACCACCUGGCGCUGGUGACCCGCGACGGGCACUACGUGCUCAACGGUGACGGGGUGCUCAGCCUGCCUGGUACCUAUGAGGCCGCGGGCACCCGUGUGGUUUACACCCGCAGUGCCGGCCCGGAGGAGACUCUGCAGGCGACCGGCCCCACCUCCCAGGAGCUAUUGUUGCAGGUGCUGCUGCGGGAGCCCAACCCAGGCGUGCACUUCGAGUUCUGGCUGCCCCGGGAACGCUAUGGCCCUUUCCAGGCUCAGGUACAGGCUCUGGGCUGGCCCCUGCGACAGCCUCAGCCUCGGGAGGUGGAACCGCAGCCUGCAGAGAUUCCUGUGGUCCCCGAGGCCAUCCCUGCCCCGGUUAUAUCCCUGGCACCAGACCGCUGCGGGCCAUGCCCUGACAGUCGUGGUCGCGCACACCGGCUUCUUCACUACUGUGGCAGCGAUUUUGUGUUCCAGGCCCGUGUGCUGGGCCGCCACCGCCAGGCCCAGGAGACCCGCUACGAGGUACGGGUCUUGCUCAUCUACAAAAGCCGCACCCCUCUGCGUACUCGAGAGUAUGUGUGGGCACCAGGCCACUGUCCGUGCCCACCACUGGCCCCACACCGAGAAUACCUGUUGGCUGCCAGGAGACUCGUCAGCCCUGAUGGCACACAAGAUCGGCUACUGCUGCCUCACGCUGGCUAUGCUCGGCUCUGGAGUCCUGCCGAGGACAGCCGAGUUCGGCUGGCUGCCCGGCGCUGUCCAGUCUAAAGCUCGGUGGUUGAAGCCUCACCAGGCUUCUGUUCUGGUGUCCCAUGGCUCAGGAAAACCUCCCAUCUGGAAGCGCAUAUAUUUUAACCAGGGUCUCCCUGUGCACAAAGCCCUGGCUGACCUGGAACUCUGUGUAGACCAGGCUAGCCUUGAAGUCACGGGGAUCCACCUGCCUCUGUCUCUGCAGUGAAAGCUGGGAUUAAAGGUGGACUCCAUAUCUGAGAACUUUAAGGAGCUUUAAGAUUCUGGGCUACUUUUCCUCUAAAGAACCUAUGUUCGUCUCUUUUCGAACUAUUAUUUUUUUUUACAAGAACGUGGAAAAAGAACAAACCCCUUCCCCCCUCACUUACUAAGCUAUAGAGACUCCAGGACAUCCUAGAAGAGUGGCAGGCACUGUGCACAGACACAUCCCCAUUCCCAUCUUUUCCUGAUCUGGCCCGACACCUGUACAGACCAGCACAGGAAGUAUGAGAGGUUGGGGCAUACACAGGAACCGAUGUGCCUCA